UGAAUGUAAUUUUUGAAAAAAAAAAUUUUUUGGGAAAUGAAAGAAAAAUAUUGGGAAAAGGACAAAAAAAGGGGGAAUGUUAAAGGGCAGGAAAUAAAAAUAGGACAUUUUAAAUAUUACCAAAAAAUUUUUUUUUCUGUUUAAGACAAUAGGAAAAAUGGCCAUCUUUUAUUAAAAUUGAACUUCAUUUUUAGAUAAGGCUGAAAAUUUUUUUUUUGCAUUAUACUGAGGGGAUACCUUAAAAAUUUACUUUAAAUACAGGUGUCGCUUAUUUGUUAGGUAGUUGCUCAACUCAGUUUUUGUGAAAUUUUUUGGGAAAUCCGCAAGUUUUUUGCGGACAACAAUUUUUUUUAUUUUGUCCGCUAUCUUGAGGGGUAUUCAAUAAUUUGAGGGGUUUUUAGUUUUGGAGGAAUUAAAUCUUGCAAUGAAUGAAUUAACAAAAAUUCCUGAAUCAAUUUUUUCUCUCAAAAACCUUCGAAAAUUGGAUCUUAGUUUUAACAAAUUAACAAAAUUGGAUUUUGUAGAAGGAACCUGGCCAAAUUUGGAAACUUUUAAUUUAUCUGGAAAUGAUUUGGAAGCUUUACCUUCACAAAUAAUUGCUUGUGUUAAAUUACAGAGAUUAUAUGCAAAUUAUAAUAAAUUAAAUUUUGAAGGUCUACCAGCCGGUUUUGGUAAAUUAAUGCAACUUCAAGUUUUAUUUUUAUCUCACAACAAUUUGGAAUUAAUUCCUGAAGGUGUUGGAAGGUGUGUAAAAUUGAGAAAACUUAAAUUGGAUAAUAAUCGGUUAAUAACUCUACCAGAAGGAAUUCAUUUACUUCCAGAUUUGAAGGAAUUGGAUCUUCGAAACAAUCCAGACCUUGUAAUGCCACCUAAACCAAGUGAUAAACAAAAAGCUUUGGCUUUCUACAAUAUUGACUUUUCUUUACAAAAUCAGUUGAGAAUUGCUGGGCAAACAACUACAUCAGCUACCACCCUUUCUGAAAAAGAUAUUAGUAGUGGUGGGGGACCAAAAGAUGCUGCUCAACGAAAAAAAGAAUUUAUAAGGAGAAGAAGGCAUCAAGCAGAUCAGGAUAGUGCUUCGAAAGUUAUUCAGGGAAUGUCUAAAGUAGCAAAAGAUGCAUUUGAUAAAGGCCAAUCUAUUGAAUUAAAUGAUGAAAAUGAUGCUUCUGCACUUGGUCAAAUUAGUUGGAAGGAAAAAUUGGCAAAACAGAAGCCUCGCCUCGAUUAUUCAGACGUUUUUGAUGAUGAAAUUGGUUCCUGCGAUAAUUUGUGGAUGUGGGAAAUUGAAAAUUUUUAUCCGGCAUUAAUUGACCCUCGAGAACAUGGACAAUUUUAUGAAGCUGAUAGUUAUUUAAUUUUGAAAACAACACGUGAACCCAGUGGAAGUUUAACUCAUGCAAUAUAUUAUUGGAUUGGGGAAAAGACGAGUUUGGACAAGGUUCUUUAA